UGUCUCCCGUGUCAUUGCUAGCUUGCUAGCUUGCUAGCUUGUACAUGAAUCUCCAUCUGCAGCAACAUGUUUUAACAAGGAUACCAAAACGCUACAGUACAGCGGAACGGCGCCAGGACGAAAAGGAGUGCAAUAUGCGUGCACCCUCUGGUGCUGCCACAUCGUCCGGACACGGCUGCAACGACUUGACGAUAUGUUCCAGUGUCCAGUGCUCUUCGUGCAAGGCAUGAUGCUCCAAGACAUGUGGGGUGCGUCUCAUGCGGAAAACAAUAAAGACAAGAGCGUCAGAAUGGAGGCUUUCAGGCAGACGUACUUACGCCUGUGUAAGGAAGGAGCUGUGGAGCCCCAGGAAAGCGUCAUGGUGAAGUUGCAGGAGUGCAGGGCUUCCCGCUUGGAUUUGAGCGGACUGAGCCUGUCUACGGAUACCUGUACAGUGCUUGGCCGGGCUUUCCAAAACGACACUUUCUUUUCUGAUGUGUCCCUCAGUGACUGCAUGCUCAGCGAGGAAGGUGCCAAAGUCUUCCUGACCGGCAUUUUUUACAAUACCACCCUUAAAGUCCUGGAUCUAAAGGGAAAUAACCUGAAGUCAACAGGGGCUGAGGUGUUGGGAAAAUUGUUGGCACGCAACAAGGCUCUUAUUAGGUUAGUACUGGACUGGAACGCACUUGGAGUUUGGGAUGAAGCCUUCACAGCCUUUUGUGAGGGUCUGAGCUCCAACUGUGCACUCACACAUCUCGACCUGCGAAACAAUCAGAUCAACCACCAUGGAACAUUGGAGCUUGCUCAGGCACUCAAACGCAACAGCACGCUCAAAGUGCUAGAUCUGAGGUGGAACAACAUCGGUCUCCUGGGUGGCAGGUAUCUCCUGUCCGCUCUGCCGAGCAACCACAGCGUAGAGCAGCUGGAGCUGGCAGGAAACAACAUACCCAGUGACACACUCAAGGCACUUGAGCAGAUUGUAGGACGCAACACAGAUCGACAGUCCACCUUAAGAGAGAGCCACAGCAGAACCCAGGUCCUCAGCAAGGAGAUCCAGAUCUUGAAGCAGGAGAAGGGGCAACAGUUCCAAAACCUGAUGGUGACCAUUGACAGGCAGAGAGAGGAGAUGGGACAAUCCAGCAGGUCCACUUCCAUACAGAUCAAUCAACUCCAGGAAGCUCUAAACGGGAGGAAGUCCGCUGUAAACUCUCUCACGACCAAAUUGCAGAUGAUGGAGGCUGCCCUUGCACUCUCUGAGCAGAAGAAUCACAACCUGGCUGAGCUGAUAGCAAAACUGAAGGUUGAGAAAGAGCAACAGCUGGAAGUGCGGAACAGAGAGAAGAAAAAAGAACACGAGGACAGCAUGUCCAGAGAAGCUAAGCAUCUCAGAGAGAUCAAAAAUCUGACGGAAACCAAUGUCCAACUGAAAAGCACGGUGGAGGAGGUGGAGCGUAGGUGCAAGUCUCAGCAGCAGCAGCUUUUUGAGCUCAAGCAGGAACUGACCAACAGCACAGCUGAGCUCAAGCUCAAGCUAGCACAGGCAGAAGACCGCCUGGAAAUAGCGAAACGAAUGUCCAAGCAAGCCCUUGAGGACCUUGAUAAUCGACGACAGAGAGAGCUUGAGCAUGUGAAUCGAAAUCGGGAGGAAAAUGAGAAAGCCCUCCAGGAACGCAUACUCAAACUGGAAGGACAACGAAUUCAGCUGGAAGAGGAUUUGAGCAGGACUAAAGCGGCAUGUGUGGCCGAGAGAUCCCUGGCGGAAGAGCAACUGGGAAAAGUUCGUGCUCAAGUUCGUCAGGAAGAGCAGGCACAUGUGUCAUCGUUGGAAGAGAAGCUUCGCUCAGUGCGCUCCUCCCUGCAGGAGGUCCAGCUGCAGUGUUCCCAGCAAAAACAGAUCAUCUCUGAGCAACAGGCCAAAAACUGUCAGCAGACCAUUGAGACAGACGGCCUGCGCCGCAGAAUCGAGGAGCUCCAGCAGGAGCUGUCUGGAAAAGACCAGGAGAAGGUGGCUGAGGUGAGUCGAGUGAGGGUGGAGCUGCAGGAGCAGAUUGGACACCUGGAGGCCGAAAGAACUGCACAAGGAGGGCUAAAAGAGAAGAUAUGUGCUCUAGAGAGAGAAAUUAAAGUACUGACUAGUAACCACAGAGAAGCGCUUCUGGACAAAGAGAGUGAGACAUCAUCCUUGAUGGAAAAGCUGCGGCUAAAAGAGGUCGAGAUCCAAAGGAUGAGGGACGAUGAGGCCCAAAGGGCUUCCUGCCUGCAGAACGCCAUCCUCACCUAUGUUAAAGGCUCUCCUCUGGGACAGUACAGCAGCCCUAAGACAUGAUCCGACGACUUCCUGUUGUGUCCGUUUCAUCUACAGUACAAAAAAAAGAGGCUGAACUCCAUAUCAUGGUGCUAAUGCAAAACGGCAGCUGUGCUUCUUCGUCGUCAGUUUACUCAGACUUGUGCUAUUUUUGCUACCUUUUUGCUGUCUUUCUGAAAGCCACAUAAGUUGUUAUGAAGUAAUGAAUGACAAAAUCCAUUACGUGGAUGCUGUUAUAUUUUUGUCAACAGAAUCUUUUCAGUUGAUCUCAAAGAGUGUGUUGAUUUCUAAUCAUAAUCCAUUUUCCAUACAACUUAUUAUUUUUUAAAUCAGUGUCAUUUAUAAUACACCAUUCUUUUCACAAAUAUCAUUUUUUUGCUGUGUUAUUUAUGUUACAUUGUUAAUGUCACAUUUAUAUAUUGUUAAAAACUGAGGAAAUACGUUAUUUGGGGGCAGAAUGCCAAAUUAUUUGAAUGAAUGUAAAUAGUUUUCGUCUUUUACUUAAGUUUUCUCUCAAUGAAAGGGAAUCAUUUUAUUAUUUUUUGUUCUCAUAUGUUUGUAUUGAUAUAUCGUUACAUUUUCACAAGUUUUUUUUUUUUUUUUUGCCUAAAAUUGUGU